AUGACCGGCAUCAUUUCAAAUUCUGUUAAUUCCACCAUCCUGAUCACAGCUGAAGUUUUCAAGAAACACGGCGUCUAUGACCCCAGUAAGAUCUCUGGGGUGACAACCCUGGACGUUGUCAGCAUCUACACUUUUGUCACAGAACUGAAGGGUUUGGAUGCAGCUGGAGUCAAUGUUUCUGUCACUGGCAGCUGUGUUGGGAAGAUUAUCAUUCCCCUGAUUUCUCGGUGCACUCCGAAGGUGGACUUUUCUCAGAACCCGAUGACAACCCUGCCUGGGAAAACCCAGGAGGCCAGCAUGGAGGUGGAGGUCAAGGCUAAAGCUGGAGAAGGCUCUGCCACGCUGUCCAUGGCAUAUGACAGAGCCCAGUUUGCCUUGUCCCUUGUGCAAGCAAUCAACAGAAAGGAAGGAGUUGCCGAGUAUUCCUUUAAGUCCCAAGAAACUGACUGUUCCUCUUUCUCCACACUGUUGCUGGUGGGGGAAAGGGGCACCGGGAAGGAUGUAGGCAUUGGCAAAUUGCCCCUUCCAAACAGAAGAUGA